AGUGCUCGCCGGCUCUAGCUCCCUUUUCCGGUGCUGCUGCGGCGUGAUAACAGCAGGCGGUGCAGCCAUGAGCGUCCCGGCUUUCAUCGAUGUGUCCGAGGAGGAUCAGGCCGCAGAACUUCGUGCUUGCUUGAAAUCUAAAGGCGCUGAAUUAUCAGAAGAGAAUUCGGAGGGUGGACUUCAUAUUGACUUGGCGCAGAUCAUUGAGGCUUGUGAUGUUUGCUUAAAGGAAGAUGAUAAAGAUGUUGAGAGCAUAAUGAAUAGCGUUGUGUCGCUGUUACUCAUCUUGGAACCAGAUAAGCAGGAAGCGCUCAUUGAAAGCCUAUGUGAGAAGCUAGUGAAGUUUCGGGAAGGUGAACGUCCAUCAUUAAGGCUACAACUGCUGAGCAAUCUUUUCCAUGGAAUGGAUAAGAGCACCCCGGUCAGGUACACAGUCUACUGUGCUCUCAUAAAGGUAGCAGCCACCUGCAGCGCUAUAGUAUACAUUCCAACAGAUCUUGAUCAGGUUCGUAAAUGGAUUACUGAUUGGAACCUCAGCACAGAAAAGAAGCACAUUCUACUCCGGCUGCUGUAUGAGGCGCUUGUUGACUGCAAAAAAAGUGAUGAUGAAGCAGAUACCCUCAGCGAUGAUGCGGCGAAGGUGAUGGUGGAACUGCUGGGAAGUUACACAGAUGACAACGCGUCUCAGGCCCGCCUUGAUGCCCACAAGUGUAUUGUAAGAGCACUCAAGGACCCCAAAACAUUCUUACUUGAUCACCUCCUGGCUUUAAAGCCAAUUAAGUUUUUGGAAGGAGAACUUAUUCAUGAUCUGUUGACGAUAUUUGUCAGUGCCAAGCUGUCUUCAUAUGUCAAGUUUUACCAGAAUAAUAAAGAUUUCAUCGACUCCCUGGGUCUUUCUCAUGAGCAAAACAUGGAGAAAAUGCGGCUACUUACGUUCAUGGGAAUGGCUGUGGAGAACAAGGAAAUCUCGUUUGAUACUAUGCAGCAGGAGCUACAAAUCGGUGCAGAAGAUGUGGAGGCCUUUGUGAUUGAUGCUGUGAAAAGCAAGAUGGUGUAUUGCAAAAUCGACCAGACGCAGAAGAAAGUCGUUGUGAUUCACAGCACGCACAGGACCUUCGGAAAGCAGCAGUGGCAGCAGUUAUACGACAUACUCAACUCCUGGAAAAUGAACCUAAACAAAGUGAAGAGCAGUCUCCAAAGUAUUUCCGCUGAAGCUUAACUUUUUUUUUUUUCUUUUUUCUUUUUUUUAGCUUGUGAACCGAACUGAACUCCUCUUCUCUUACUCGUGUAUUCUACAUCGCCAAUUCUCCUUAAAUUAAGUCACUUAAAAUUCUUGUGUUAAAGGGGAAAAUAUAUAGUGCUUAGAAACGUCUUCUUCCUCGUGUGAAAAAUAACAUUCUAUUUCAGUAGUUAUCCGUGUCUAUCAGAUAGGAUCAAGGCUGACACAAAUUCAUAUCCUCAGUCUCUGCUCCAAUCUGGAGGCCUGACUAAUCCGACUUCCUGCAUAAACUCAGGCAGAUCUUGAAAAUAGCUUGUGUGUUGCGCAGAUGGAACCUUAAAUAAAGGGACAGAGCAUAUUAUAUUUUUCCUUUUUAAAAAGACCCAAAUAGAUUUACAUUUGGCUACAGUGGACAUUGUUUUUAUGCAGUCUGAUAUAAAAAAAAAAGAAACAAAA